CAAGUAGGCACACUUUUUAGUGCGUCACUAUUUAGAAACGCCGCGAACAACUAACAAAAAUUAAUUUCAUUUCCAGUAACGAAACGCAGCGAAAAAAGAGAACAAAAUGUCCGGAACUUCGCAAAAGUAUAGAAACUUUGUGGCUGAGCCGAUGGGCAACAAGGCGGUGACCGAAUUGGCCGGCAUCGGCGAAACCCUAGGAGGACGCCUUACAGAAGCGGGCUUCGACAAGGCCUACACGGUGCUGGGGCAGUACCUCGUGCUGAAGAAGGACGAGGAGUUGUUCAAGGAUUGGAUGAAGGAGGUGUGCCAUGCCAGCUCUAAGCAGGCCUCCGACUGUUACAACUGCCUCAACGACUGGUGCGAGGAGUUCUUGUAAGCGGCGGCGGGCCAAGACUGCGGCUUUCCGAUCAAAAAUAAUCCUCGUGGAUGUGACGACAAAUUAAAAUUUAUAACACCAAAUCUCAAUGUCAGUCCAUGUUCACGUUAUAGUCUGUAGGUAAUUUGUAACCAUUUAACCAUGUAAUAAAUGUACAUUCAUGUAA